CGAGAAGAUGUGUAGGAAGCGGUAACCGCGUGUGUUUGUGUAACAUGUUAGGAAACGCUUUCAGUGCCCUUUAAUGCAAUGACAGUACUGCAUCCAUGGCGGGACAUCUGAAGAAGCAAUUAAAAGAUGCAGUGAAGGUCAUCAGCUCAGGAAGCCUCCUGUUUGCCUCCUACCUCACUGCGGUUGGAGAUGAGCGUUUCUAUGCCAACCAGCUGAUGCCCCUUCUGCAGAGGAUUGUGGGGGCAGAGACGGCGCAUGUGUUGGCAGUGAAGAUGAUUGGUCUGGGUCUGGUUCCUCUGAACCGUUACCAGGACCCUGCAUCAUUGGAAGUCAACGUCCUGGGAUUAAAGUUCAAAAACCCUAUUGGGAUUGCCGCAGGCUUCGACAAGCACGGAGAGGCUGUAGACGGGUUGUACAAAGUGGGUUUUGGCUUUGUUGAAGUGGGCACAAUCACUCCCAAACCUCAGGAGGGGAACCCCAAACCACGUGUGUUUCGACUCACUACAGAUCAGGCAAUUAUUAACAGAUAUGGAUUCAACAGCUGUGGUUUGGCCGAAGCACAACAGAGGCUGAAGACCAGGGGAGGCACACAGGAACAGCAAACUAAAGCUGGCCUUCCCCUGGGCAUCAACCUGGGGAAGAACAAGCUGUCCCAGGACGCAGGGGCAGAUUACUUAGAAGGGGUGAGAGUGCUGGGCCCGCUGGCAGACUACCUGGUGGUCAACGUCAGCAGUCCUAAUACACCAGGUCUCCGGAAUCUACAGGGGAAGGCUGAGCUCCACCAGCUCCUACAAACGGUGUUGAAGGAGCGAGAUGCCCUGCAGGGAGAAUGCAAACCUCCAGUCCUGGUGAAAAUCGCUCCUGACCUCACUGCACAGGACAAACAAGACAUUGCGGAUGUUGUCACUGAGCUGGGAGUGGAUGGUUUAAUGGUGUCUAACACCACAAUUUCCAGACCAGAAACUCUUCAGGAUCCACAUAAGUCUGAGGUUGGUGGGUUAAGCGGCCAGCCUCUCAAAGACCUCUCUACUAAGACUGUGAGAGAGAUGUACAACCUCACUAAAGGUAAAGUACCAAUUGUCGGAAUCGGUGGUGUGGCCAGUGGGCAGGAUGCUAUGGAUAAGAUCCGCGCUGGUGCCUCACUAGUUCAGCUUUACACAGCUUUGACCUACCAGGGUCCGCCCAUAGUGAAGAAGAUAAAGCGAGAAUUAGAACAACUUCUUAAGUGAGUAUGACUCUGAAUGGGAAUUAAAGUCAGGGCAAAUCUUUCAGUUGAGAUUUAAGG